AUGGCUGACCCUCAGAAAGAGCAAGCGAAAGAAUCUCUCGUGGUCACCGCAAAGAAAUGGGGAGAAUACCUGCUUACACUCCUAACAGAGAACCCCGUACCACCUGCUCUUCUAGCUACUCUCAUCUUCGCUCAGCAUGCCCGGCCGUUCCAACCUAUGCCCAUGCUUUUUCCACCAUUGCUCCUGUUCUCGACAUACCUCAACUUGCAAGGCUUCAAGAUUGACAGCGCCGGCACGACCGCCGCAUUAAGUGGUGCGUAUCUGGUUCUGGCAGGUAGGAGACGUAUGGGCUUCGUGAACAAGUUUGGCGCCAGAGGUGUAAUCCGUGGCGCCACCAUGGGUUUGUGUCUUGUCAACCUGGUGGGCGGAGGACUUGCAUAUGGAUUUGGGAGUCGCACGAAGGAGGAUGACAAGAGGAAGAAUCUCUAG